AUGCUCAAAGGUCUGGUCGCCCACAUGAAAUUGAAACGAGCGAUGUUAAGGCCAUUGUUGAUCGAAAUUCAACCCAAUCAAUUCAACCUGAGCAGCAGCAGGUUAGCAGUUUGGCAGCCAGAGCUCGCUGUCGAGGUAGCCAAUGGUAUCUACAUCGCCAGGAUCGUGUUAGAGUUCUGGACUCCAGCCAGCAGUUCGACUGCUUCCUACUGA